AUGGUGAGAAAGCACUUUGUAACCACAGAGCUCUUGCGUGUUAAGGCCGUGUUCAUGCAGUUUGUCACGGGUGCACUGUGGGACUCUGUGCUGAUGGCACAUGGUCAGACAGUCUCAAGGGACCUCCGUGAGGCGCAUCAGCAAAACCAGCUCCAGGACAUUCUGUCCCAGCACCACCAUAAGAGGAGGUGGUCCCAGCAUCGCUCUUUGGGUGUCUUACCACAACCUGAACCAGAGGAGGAAUCCAAACCUUUUGUCCUGGACCUUAAGAACUUCCCUGAUCUGGCUAAUGCAGACAUUGGCUCUCAAAACCCCAACAUCCAGGUGACAAUAGAGGUGGUUGAUGAUCCUCAGAUGGAGGUAGAGAUGGACUUGGCCAAAGAAGGACACCACAAUUGGCCACCACCUUCCUCCUCCUCCUCCCCCUCCACCUCAUCCUCCUCUCCUGCUUCCACUGUUGAUUGGUUGGGUGGUAAGAAGCUUUUCUGGCCACUGUUUUGGGGAUACACUGACCCAGACUCGAGUGAGGAUGGCACAGGCCACACAGCAGAGGAUGAGGAUUACACGUUGGAGUAUGACAGUGGAGAACCCCUCCCUAGUGGCCUGGGCGGAGUGGGCGGGGACUGGGACAGCCACUGGAAUGAAGGCUGGGACCCCACACAAGGCUUUUACAACCAGGAGGAGUGGAGUGCCUGGACUCCAUGCAGUGCCACCUGUGGCCAUGGCAACCAGACACGAACGCGCUCCUGUGGGGACUUUUGCACUUCGACGGAGUCCAGGAGCUGUGAUCUUGACCCAUGUCCAGAUGAUAUGAACACAGUAGCAAACGUGUUCCCCUUUGAGAUGGAAAAUGGUACCGAACCUUUUGGCACAGAUGUUGAUAGCUGUGAGAAGCUGCUCAACUGUAAGAGUGAGUUCCUUCAGCAUUACCUUCAACAAGUCCUGACAGAAUUACCAAGCUGCCCUUGCUCUUACCCCAUGGGUGCAUCCUACAAUAUGAUCAGUGUCUUAGAUGAGGCCCAGGGACGGACCUUCCGUUGGCGGGACGCAAGUGGACCAAAGGAGCGACUGGAUAUCUACAAACCCUCUGCUCGUACCUGUUUGCGUUCGGCUCUUUCGGGAGAUGGGGAAACCCUUGCUGCCCAGCACUGUUGCUACGACGACUUGGGAAGGCUGAUAACACGUGGUAAAGGGGCAGGUACACCAAACCUCAUCAGCACUGAAUUUUCACCUGAGCUACACUUCAAGGUGGACGUCCUGCCCUGGAUCCUGUGCAAGGGCGACUGGAGUCGUUUUCACGCCGUGCGGCCACCCAACAAUGGCCUGCGCUGCCCAGAGAACCCCCACGAGGAUGUCUUCAUAAACGAGCUGGAAGAGGCCAGGGAAUACUGA